UUCUCUAACUUUAGCUUUACUUCACUUGUCUCAGCAAAAUCACACAAAAAAACUCAAAGUAAAGGUAGUAAGAGAGCUAACCCAGCAAAGCCAAGAAUCGAGAACUUCUAUCAAUGGCAGCAACAAUGGCAACAAUGGCAAUACUCAAUGCAAAAUGUUAUUUGAGCAUUAGCUCAAACAAAAACAUUAACCCUACAAAACAACCAACAAAACCCAUUUCACUUCUUCCUAUCCAAGACCUACCCAAAGGUCUAACCAUGUCAAAACCAGUUCUUGCAAGUUCUGCCAUAGCUGGAGCUUUCUUUUCAAGCUUGAGUUUAUCUGAUCCAGCUAUGGCUGCUCAACAAAUUGCAGAAAUAGCAGAAGGUGAUAAUCGUGGACUAGCUCUUUUACUUCCAAUAAUACCAGCCAUAGCUUGGGUUUUAUUCAACAUUCUGCAACCAGCACUUAAUCAACUAAACAGGAUGAAAGAGACGAAGGGAGUUAUUAUAGGGCUUGGAAUUGGUGGAUUGGCUGCAUCAGGGUUUAUGAUAACACCAGAAGCAUCAGCCAAUGAGUUUGCUAUGAUUGCUGAUGCAACAAAUGACAAUAGGGGUCAGCUUCUGCUGUUUGUUGUUGCUCCUGCAAUUCUUUGGGUUCUUUACAAUAUUUUGCAACCGGCUUUGAACCAACUCAACAGGAUGAGGUCUGAAUAAUUAAUUAAUUAGGGUUAAUAUUUAUGUAUAAAAUGGGUUUUGUUGGGGAAGGUGUAAUGGUAAAAAUUUUACUUGUAAGUGCACCUUUGUGUUAAUGAAAUUCUCUUUGCUUUCAAUUAA